UGAGGUAGCGAUGGGAAGACGGCGAUUAUUUCCCCAUUUUUUUCGCGUCAUUUAAAUGGUCGACGUUUCGGGUUCGCUCUUUACUUUGGGGGAAUUCCUUUAGAUAGCAACUUAAAAAUGUUAUCGGCCUGCAAGAGCACUUUAAACAACACUUUACAAAGAAUUCCAUUCCGAUCCUUGGGGUCGAUCGUGCCGCAAGAGAAACUCUCCGAACGGCUCGCCACACAGAAUGAGCCGGUGUUGCAAUAUUUAAAGGGCUCGGAAGAACGCAAGGAGCUCGAAAAGCAACUGAAAUGCAUGCAAGAGGCCGUCGAGGAAGUUCCCAUUGUCAUCGGUGACCAUGAGUUUAAAUCACAAGAUCUCCGAUACCAGGUGAUCCCGCACAAUCACGGCAAGAAAUUGGCCAAGUUUUACUAUGCGACGGAGGAUAUGAUCAAAAAUGCCAUAAAGGUCGCAACAAAAGCCCAGGUCGAGUGGGACAGGACGCCCAUUUACGAAAGGAUACAAAUCUGGGAGAAAGCCGCGGAUCUAAUGGCGACCAAGUAUCGCCAAGAGCUGAAUGCGGCGACGAUGCUCGGCCAAUCGAAGACGGUCGUGCAGGCGGAGAUUGAUUCGUCCGCGGAAUUGAUCGACUUCUUCAGAUUUAACGCCGGCUUUAUGAAGGAGGCGCUGAAAUACCAACCGAUCUCCGAAAACCCCCAGGUCACGCUCAACUCGAUGAGGUACCGCGGUUUCGACGGCUUCAUAGCCGCAAUCUCCCCCUUUAACUUUACCGCGAUCGGCGGAAAUCUCGCGUACACGCCCGCUCUCAUUGGCAACGCUGUGCUUUGGAAACCGAGCGACACCGCGCUCCUCUCGAACUGGAAGAUCUUCCAAAUAUGUCGUGAAGCUGGAGUGCCGGCGGGCGUCGUCAAUUUCAUACCCUGCGACGGGCCGCUCUUCGGCAACACGAUAACCAGUUCGAAGUAUUUGGCGGGAAUUAAUUUCACCGGAAGUGUACCGACGUUUAAUUACCUAUGGAAGAAGGUCGGCGAUCAGAUGGGGACUUACAUGAACUACCCGCGACUAAUUGGGGAGUGCGGCGGGAAAAAUUACCACUUCGUGCAUCCGACGGCUGACGUCACGAGCGUCGUCAACGGCACGAUUCGCGCCGCCUUCGAGUAUUGCGGGCAGAAGUGCAGCGCGUGCUCCAGAAUGUACGUUCCCGAAUCGUUGUGGGGACAGAUCAAAGAGGGCCUUGUGGAGGCGACGAAGAAGCUGAAGGUGGGCGACGUAACCGAAUUCGAUACGUUCACCGGAGCGGUCAUCGACGAAAAGGCGUUUAAGAGAAUCGAAGGCUACAUCAAACACGGUCAGAAAUCGCCCAAUACCAUCCUCGCGGGCGGACGGUGCGAUGCUAGCCGUGGAUACUUCGUCCAACCUACCAUUAUCCAAACUCAAGAUCUGAACGAUAAGUUAAUGACCGAAGAAAUUUUCGGCCCCGUAUUAGCCGUAUACGUCUACAAAGACAGCAAAGUCAAUGAAGUAUUAAGCACGAUUGGAUCCACCACACCAUACGCCCUUACUGGCGCGAUUUUCUCCAAAGAUAGAAAAUUUCUACAACACGCCCUGGAAGAGCUGAAAAUGACGGCCGGCAAUUUUUACAUCAACGAUCGGUCGACGGGAAGCGUCGUCGGGCAGCAGCCGUUCGGCGGCGCCCGAAUGUCCGGUACCAACGAUAAGGCGGGCGGUCCGUACUACGUGCUACGAUGGGGAAAUCCGCAGGCGAUCAAAGAGACUUUCGUACAACUGAAGGAUAUCGAUUAUCCUUACAUGAAGGCGUAAUUGUGAUAAUAA